AUGUCCAUGUAUAAAUCAUCACUGGUGUUGGUUAUAGACGCAAAUAAACGUUCAUGGAGUAAUGAUGGUGUUAGUGAUAAUAAAUUAACUUUCAUUCAAUUUGUAAGCUCGCUCAAACGUUUCAUCCGAGCCUAUCAUUGCAUGUCUAGUGGCAGGACUUUGUAUAUAAUAGCCACUAACACUAUUUACUGUAAAAUUAUAUUUCAUGGUUUAACAGAUUCCACACUUAUCCCUACUACAACUAAUUCUAACACCACCAGCAUGGAUUCGACACUGGAUUCCAUGGAGGAGUCUCUCCUAAAGUUUAUAUCUGAGGAUUUGCCUGAUGCAAAUCCUCAGCCCACUUUAUCUUCAAACCUAAAUCGUAUUGGCCAUAAGGAAAAUUUGUCACGGGAAAUCUUAUUACUUGACUACUCCACCAAUGAUAUGUACCUAAAACAACAUAUACCCUUACUUAACAUAGGGUUCUCAGCUUUAAACAUGAAAAUACCAAUUAAUACACUAACCCUAGGUAAAUCGCACUCGAAACUAUUGGAACAGCUGAGCGAUAUUACUAAAGGGACAUUUUUGCGCUUAAUGGAUAUGUAUGGGAAUGACUCAAUAAACAUUGAAUAUGCGUUAUUUCAGACACUACUUUUUUGGUUCCUCGCUUCUAACGACAGUAAAAACAUAUUAUCCCCCCCUUCACUAACUCAAAUAUCAAAUUCAGCCGUUUGUUAUUGCCAUAACAAUACAAUUGAAAUUGGAUACCUCUGUUCAUCAUGUUUGACAGUUUAUUGUACGGAUAAAUCGCUGAUAAUGUGCAAAAUUUGCAGUUCCAGAUUUGCAAAACGCCCGUUGAAGGCUAAACCAAUUUGUGAGAUUAACUUGGAACAUUAG